UGCCGACCUUGCGACAUCCUCUCUCCAAUCCAAAGCUUCAACAACUAUUAAUACUUUUGAGCAAUUCACUCACCUGUCAGAUCUCUCUUACGGACCUUACUAUCCCAUGCCUUCUUCAUAGUCAUAUUCGCACCGUUCGUAUCGCCUCGGUCGCUCGCAAAAAUGUAUUACGACUUGAACGUUCCAUGGACAGACAAUCAGAGGGAAAUGCAGCGAGCCAUCGCGUUCCUCGACGAGUUAGGAUACGACGUCGUUGCACUCACACACACCCUAUCGGGAAAGAUCCCUAGCGAUCAUACCUCACCAAUCCCAGCAACCCUUCCCUUCACCGUCCCGUCCCGCCUGCGCAUCCUCCGCCGCUGCACCCUCCUCCUAACCGACAGCACCACGAACAACAAGCUCCCAGACCUCCGCAGCAGCUACGACAUCGUGGCCGCGCGCCCGACCUCCGAGCGCACGCUGCAGCAGGCCUGCCAGACCCUCGACGUCGACAUCAUCUCCCUCGACCUGACGCAGAAGUUCGAGACGCACUUCAAGUUCCCGACGCUCGGUAGCGCGAUCGCGAGGGGCGUCAAGAUCGAGUUGUGCUACGGGCAGGGCGUCGGGACUCAGGAUGCGAAUAGGAAGAGGUUGGUGAUUGGGAAUGCGACGCAGUUGAUUAGGGUUAGUAGGGGGAGGGGUUUGGUGUUUAGUAGCGAUGCGAGGAGCGUGCUUGCGCUGAGGGCGCCGGCGGAUGUUAUCAAUCUCGCGAGCGUGUGGGGACUGGGCAGGGAGAGGGGGAAGGAUGGGUUGAGCAAGGAGCCGAGGAGUGUGGUGGAGUUUGCGAGGCUGAAGAAGGAGAGUUAUAGGGGCGUCGUGGAUGUCGUGUAUGGUGGUGAGAAACCGGCGGUGGUCGAACGGCAACAAAAGGGUCAGAAGGGUCAGUCGCAACAGCAGCAGAACAAGAGGAAAGGAGAUAACCUCGAGAAGGGAAGCAAGAAGUCGAAAGUCCAGUCCGCUAAAUAGCAUCUAGACAUUUCGACUUCGCGCCCUUCAUGUUCGAUUUCCAUACACAAAACUAUGAUACCCCCUUUCAAAAGUUAGAAUACAAAACUUCAUACCAUUCCACCAAACCAG